AUGGCCCCCCACCACGCCCUCGUCAACCUCUCGCCCGCCGAGCUGUCCUUCCUGCGCGCGUCGCUCGCCCAGACGCCGCCCGUCCGCCUCGAUGUCACCAAGGGGCCCCGCGACUUUCGCUCCAUGCGCGCAGAGUAUGACGUGCUGCCCACGGCCAACGGCAGCGCCCGCAUUGCGCUCGAAGACGGCACUGAGGCGCUCGUCGGCGUCAAGGCCGAGGUGGAGAAGACGCGCCAGCAGCCAAUGGCCGGCGAGCAGCCCGGUGCAGACGUGCAAAUGGGCGACGGCGACGGCGACGGCGACGGCGGCGAACAAGCAGACGGCGCCAAGGGCAAGGGCCAGAACGCCUGGCUCGACAUGAGCGUCGAGAUUCCGGGCUUCCGCGACGACGAUGCGCUGCCUGUUUUCCUCGCGUCCAUGCUGACGGAGAGCCUGCUGGCCAGCGGCGAGCUCAAGGACCGCCUGUACAUCAACACGCGCUUCCAUUGGAAGCUCUACAUCGACAUCCUCCUGCUCUCGCCGCCCCUCUCGUACCCCCUCGCCCUGCUCUCCAUGACGACGCACCUGGCCCUCCUGACAACACACCUCCCAGCGCUCAAGUCGGAAAAAGACGAAGACCCGCUCUUCGACGACGAUUGGGACGCGGCCGUGCCGCUGUACCCCAAGCAAACGGGCGCAAACAAGACUGCGCCCCAGCUGGGAAAGCCCCCCGUCAUCAUACUGGCCAUGGCUGUCGGCGCAAACGUCAUAUUUGACCCCGCCAAGGAAGAGCUAGCGGUAGCGGAUGCGGUUCUCGCCGUCGCAUGUACGAAUUCGACGGCCUCGUCGACGGGCGCGCGCAUCGUCUCGAUCCGCACAAUCGACCCUCCGUCGCAUCUGACCCCGCCGGGCGUGCCCAAUUCCAUGAACUCGGCCACUGGCGGCACUGCGCCCACGUCGGCUGCCGACGCCCUCACACAGCGCGAGUUGCUGGCGACGUCAGGCGUGUGGACGCCACCGCGGGGCGGCAUGAAAAGAAACCUCAUCUCGCAGGUGACCAAGAUGGUGGUGGAAAACGGCGGCGUGGCUGAAGAGGUCAUUGGCGCAUUGGCCGCCAUCGAGGUUGGCUGA